AUUUGGUUUCAGAACUGAAAGUUGAAACGUCAACCGAACUGUUAUCAAAAUUAUCAGUACUCAGUAGCAAAUGAAACAAAAACAUUAAUUACUUUUGUAGUAUAACUAAAUUGAAUUCGAACGAGUGUCACGAUGCCGUUAAUACGCUCCGCUAGUUGCAGUUUAUUUAUUGAAAUAUUAGUUCGGAUCGCCCUAUUAUCAGCCUUUUGUUACAUGGAGACGAUGACCCCAUUCAACCGCGUCAUUCACAAGGAGGACCUGGAAUCGGUGUACAAAUACCCGAGGGUGAAUUCGUACGUGCCCGGCGGCGCACUGUGGGCGAUCGUGCUGUCCGUGCCGUGCGUCCUGUCCCUACUUGCUUGGGCCGGGUGUAAUGACUGCAAUGACGCUUUCGAAAUCUUGCUAGCAUGGUCUCUAGCACUAGGAAUAAAUGGGGUACUAACCGAUGGUGUUAAAUUAAUUGUCGGUCGUCCAAGACCUGACUUCUUCUACAGGUGCUUCCCCGACGGCAUAGAAACUGCUGACAUGCAGUGCACAGGAGAUCCCAUGGCGAUCAUGGAGGGAAGGAAAUCUUUCCCCAGCGGACACAGCAGCUUGUCGUUUUGCUCGCUGGGCGUGGCGGCGGCUUGGACGUGCGGGCGGCUGCGCGCGCUGUCGCGGCGGCGCGGCAGCGGCGUGCGCGUGCUGUGCUGCCUCGCACCGCUCGCCGCCGCCGCCGCCGUCGCGCUCUCCAGGACCUGCGACUACCACCACCAUUGGGAAGAUAUCCUCGUAGGGUCUAUCCUAGGGUUUUCGACGGCGAUAUUCUGCUACCGCCAGCAUUACAACCCGCUGUCAUCAGACCUCGCCGGAGUUCCGUACAUAGUUUCUAAUUACAACCUGGCUAAGUAUUUGAACGGUAAACCUGACGUAAGCCCACUUAAAGACCCCAAGGAAAUAGAAUCUACUCCACUUUUAAAUGGUAAUAAAAGUGACAAAUGGAUAUAACACGAAAUUGAAAAUUCAGCAUUAAACGAAGACCGGCAUAUUGAUUGUGACGGAUAGGUUGGCCGAUCUCUGAUCCAAUUUCGUCACGAUCGUCUCAAGUCUAAAAUAAAUUAUGAAAGUUGUCAUAAUAUUAAAAGUACAAAGAUACUAUUUUGGUAGGUUUCGCGUAGGCUGGCAACAAUCCAAGCGCUGGUACGUUUUGAGUCAUUUCAAGUGAAUUUUAUAUUUUUUAUCGUGCGUUAGAAAUUGGUAUACGUUUUGGUUGAACGAUUCACCAUGUAUAUUUACACAAAAAUUACUGUGUUUAUAUGUAACUUACCUGUGAUUGUUUUUUUACAAAGUAAUGAUUUAGUUUCCUUUAAUUUAAGUUAUAGACCAUCCAAAGGUUUAAUUUUUGACAGGCACGGGAUGCUAUCCCUGACAGUUCAAGUCAAACACCCAGUAAGGGUACCUAAGGUACAAAACCGGAAUAAUAUUAUGAUCACUUACAUGAGUUUAUUAAAUUCUCCGGAAAACAUGAUAUUUAAUAAAAAAAAAAUUAUACUUAAUAGUGCACCCGUACUUAAGAUUUUAAAGUAUAAAAUACUUAAUAAUUACUACUUAAUAAAUAUUACCUUUUGGUAGAGUAGUUUAAUUGACGCAAAUAAUCGAUUAGUGACUAGUGUGACGUGAUAUCGAGACAAAAUAACUCCCUGCUCCGACAUAGUACUUGUAUAAUAGAACUUGAAUGUUUUUAAUGUAUUUAAAUAAUAUUUAAGUAUGUUUUAUUUUAUUAUUUGAUUAUAGGGUUGCCAUAGGCAUUUGAUGUAUUUAAAAAAACUACGAAAUCUUGACAUUCCUUAGGAAAGUAAAAUUAUUAUAAGUUUUUUUUUUAUAUUAUUGGAUAUUUCAUUAUUAUUAUUUUUAAAUCACCAAUUUUACUUUAGCUUCACAACGCAACGAGAUCUAUUAUUUUUCUUUCUAGAAUAAGUAAUUAACACAAUAUAGUCUGUAGAUAAAUAUAUCAUGUAAAAAAAUUAGAGCACCUUACCGGAGGUUUUUUGUACGUAAGCGUAGUUACACUAACGUACUCAAAAUAAUUCUACCGCGCUGUAGUGUGCUCAAGUUAUUUGGCGGCUAGUAUAUUACACCUCGGAAUAUCCAUAAUGCGGUCUGUACUUGGUCUGUUUAUCUUUAAGUUUUAAAAGUCAAAUGUAUGUUCAAUGUAGAGUAAUUUUGUUGUAAGGACUUUAAUGGAAAAGCAAAGAUAAAUAGGAAAAAAAUGAAAUUCACUCAGAGAAUAGUUUAAUUGAUUUUAAAUAGCGGCCGAGUUUAUGUACAUACUUAUAUAUUUUUUUAUGUUUAUGCGAAUUUCGACAUCGAAAUAAAACUACUUAGUUUUCGGAUUUUAUUGCCGUUUUUCUUUAAUUUUUACUUGACGUUCGAAGACUAUGCGGCCACGAAAACUAAUUGUAUUUCUAUGUAC